ACCGUGUUGACCAUUUACUGCUAACAAAUAAACUGAACUCCUUAGGAAUACGUGACCCAUUAUUAGGAUGGCUUAAAUCAUUCCUUAACAAUAGGUCCCAAAUAGUUAAACUCGGGUCUGCAACCUCCAAACCUAGCCCUAUCACUUCUGGUGUAGUACAAGGUAGUGUCAUUGGACCCCUCCUAUUUACACUAUACAUCAAUGACAUAUGCGCUUGCUUCACGCACGGGAAACCAUUCAUCUUUGCAGAUGACCUAAAAGUAGCUUAUACAUUCCAACGUGAUGACUUAGGGAACUUCGAGAAUGUAGUACAGAAGGAAUUAGAUAAAAUGGCUGCUUGGUCGUCCCUAUGGAAUCUCCAAUUUAAUCUGAACAAAUGUGGCUGGAUCUGCUUCGGUGCACCCUCAAUCGACCUGAAAUUAACGCUCCAAUCUGCUAACCUAACAAGACUCCGAAGUGUCGUUGACCUAGGCCUGAGGUACUCUAGUGACUUGACAUUCUCAGAGCAAGUAGCAUCACAGACUAGAAAAUCGAGGAUGCUCUUAGGAUGCAUACUCAGGAACUUUCACGACAAUGAAGCCAAGCUAAUUCUGUACAAAACAUGUGUCAGACCACUACUAGAAUACUGUCCAUUUAUUAUAAGCAGCACUCGCACACGUGACAAGCUAAGGAUGGAAAGUAUCCAACGAUAUUUUACCUCAAAACUGCUUGGCUACGAUUGUAAGAAAGACUACAUCUCACGGUGCAUGAUCCUAAAACUCGACCCACUUUGGACAAGGCGACUUAUUAUAAACCUAAUAUUCUUCUUUAAGGUCCUUCACAAAAUAUCUUUCUCAGGUAACAGGGACAUACAAUUCGCACAGGAAGGUUCUUACGAUCUGCGUAACCAAACUUCCACAGUGACAACUCAUUCUUUUAAGUCAACACUCCGUGAAAACUUCUUCACAGUCAUGUAUUCUAAAAUAUGGAAUAGCCUACCCCUAGAUAUCAGAACUUGCUCUUCGGUUACAAGCUUCAAACGCUCUCUAUACAGACUGUUUCACUCUACAGAUUAUAUUAAUAAACUAUUUACUCCUAGAACGAAUCAAGCACUAAUCUACUACAGCACCUAAAAGACGCACUUCAACACCCUUAGCAAUCUUUAAACUAUAAAUAAACUAGCAGCAUGGAUGCAUAAAGACAUAGUACGGAACAUACAGGAUUAGUUUACCCUUAGAAAUAGGACCUAUCCCUCAUUGUAACCUUCAAACGCUUGCUAUGUAAACUGUUUUAUUCUAAAGACUAUCCCUACCAGAACCCAUUACUUAUUUCUAAAACGCAUCAGUCAUUAGAACAAUAAAAACGCUCAGACUAUUAAUACACAUUAUGACAUUAAAUAAACUCUAAGACUUCGCAUAAAUACGUGAAAACGCAGAUACAAUAUAGAAAAAUGUUUACUUAAGUAUAAUUAAGAUAAACAUUUAUAAAUGAAUCAUGUAUUAAUGUUCUUUUCAUGUUCACAUACUUUCUCUUUCUGGUAUUUUGCUGC